UGGCCAUCACCCUUCUGUGUCCCUGUGCGUGCCCUCUCCUUUCUUUGCAAGCUUGCCGUUCUUUGGAUUUAGGGCCCGCUCUAAUCCACUAUGACCUCAUCUAAUCGUCACCGCGAGGAUCCUGUUCCCAAGUGAGCUCACAUACCACCUGAGGUUCUAGGUGGACGUGAAUUUCUUGGGGGGAGGGAGGGGGACACUAUCCAGCCCACUGCAGACCAAGCAGAGGCCACUUCUGAGAGGACGAGAAGGCUGAAGGGUGAUGCGGGGUGUUUAGCGGAGCAGGCCACCCAAGCUCUCCUAAAUUCAUCUGCGUCUACUCUCUUCCUGGUGGGCAGGCUCCCUGGCUCGCCCCGCGCCCCGCCAGCACGGGCCCCAUGCAGCGCUGUCUGAGAAUCAUGGUGCCGGAGGAGGGGAGCUCCGGCUGCCCGGUGCCCCGCCUGUCCUGGAUGUCGGUGCUGCGCUCUGCCGCGAUCCUGUCUCUUACCGGCAUCAUGGCAUACUGCUUCCUGCGAGUCCAGCAAGGGCAGCUCGAGCCGCCUAAGCGGGACAUGGCUGAGCUGCAGCUAAAUCACACAGGACAGCGGCUGGACCACAGGCUGCGCUGGCAGGGAAGUCCGGCCUUGGGCCGCUCCUUCGUGGACGGACUGGAGCUGGACGACGGCGGGCAACUGCGUGUCCGGCACGGCGGAGUCUACAGGCUGCACAUCCAAGUGACGCUGGCCAACUGCUCCUCCUCCACGCGGGCCGCCCGGCCCCCCAGGGCCACGCUGACGGUGGGCAUCUGCUCCCCGGCCGCCCACAGCAUCAGCCUGCUGAGGCUCAGCUUCCACGGAGGCUGCGUGGCCGCCUCCCAGCGCCUGACGCCGUUGGCUCGCGGGGACACGCUGUGCACCAACCUCACGCUGCCUCUGCUGCCCUCCGCAAAUGCUGAUGAGACCUUUUUUGGGGUUCAGCUGGUGCACCCCUGACUGUUGCGCCCCCUGGCCCAGAUUUGUCGGGAGAGUGUGUUUUCUCUCUCUCUCUCUUUUUUUUUUUUCCUGGCUCUUGUAGAAGCUUUUUUCUUGAUGUGUCUCUGUAAUAUAGUGAUGUAUAACAUCUGAUCGGUCUUAAUCCUUGCUGCUAGCUUAAGCUUUUGGAAUGUCCUGUGUGGCGAGCGGUCUGGGUGCCUUUUGUUGUGUUAAUGAGGUGACUUUGGGGAAAGCCCUGAGGUCACCUGGAGAGGUGGGAGUUGGAACUGUCCCUUCCCACUGGCCUGACCUCCAGGGAGGGGAGAGAGGCUGCAGACAGCUCAGCCAGCAAGGGCAAGUGAUUUAACCAAUGGCAUCCGUGUCAUGCUCAAAAAUACAGAAGGAUGGGGUUAGAAGCUUCUAGACUGGUGAGCGAGUGAAAGUCCUGAGAGGGUGCUCACCCGUGGAGAAAACACUGAGUGAGGUUGAUGGAACAUCACUCACCGCUUCUGGUUAGGCGCUGCCUGACUCAUAACUGGUUUUUGUUCAAAUAAAGUCUCAAAAUGUU